AUGUCGGCCUCGACCUUGCCCUCACCGCACCCAGCACUCCCGCACCCAGCUACUCCACCGGUCUCAAUUCCGUCUAGCAUCACGACCAAGAUCGCUAUUUUUGCUUUGCCCUCGAUUGCAGCUCAUACUUUGAUCCUGAUGGAGGCCUGUCGCACAAUCCCAUGCGAAUGGCGUAUGUACAGGCGAGCCUUGAAGCGUGGCCGUCUCAACGCGGCUGAAAUACUCUUCCUCGCCAUAAAGUACUUUGCGAUCGUUGCAUACAGCUUAGACGCCGUCAUCAAAUGGACCACCUUGCCACACUCAGGAAAAGAGUGUGGUGCAAUCUCUUGGGCUUCUCAUGCGUUCAUGCACUCGUGCAUCAGCCUCGUUGCUCUGGCUGUAGCUUGGCGCGCUCACAUCAUCUUUCACCGGUCGAAGCUAUCGCUCAUUAUCUUGUCGUUAGCACUCGCUGGCCAGAUCGCAGUUAAUGCCACCUCGAUGGGUAGGCAGCUCAAAUGGUCCGUGUACAGAGAAGGGUAUUGCAACAUCAACCCGCGCAAGUGGACCCGCCAGAGCUACCAUGCAAGACCUUGGUAUAUGUUUAUUACGCCCUGGAACGUCUUUUACAACGCCAUGUUCGACUUGGCAAUCGCCGUCGCCACCUCCUACCGGCUCAUCAAGACGACCAGGGGCUUGAACGGCUUGACGCGCAUCUCGAAGCUCCUCUUCUACAACAACGUGCACUACGUGCUCAUCGUCUGCUCGGCCAACUUGUUCGACUUUGUCGUCACCGCCACAGGCAGGGACAAGUGGCCCACUUUCUUAAUCACGGUCUUUGCACUUCAAAUUUGCGCCGUCUUGGACAUGCUAUCGAGCGAGCAGGACGCCGUCCACUCCGGAGGGAACAGCCUUCCCAGAAUGGUCCGAGCCCCUCCCAGCGGCGCCUUUGGAAAGGGAAGCCACAGCACAGGCAGCGGGACUGCAGUGGCAGCAGGAGCAGCAACAGAGAGCGACGAGAAUCGACGUCGCAAAGGUCGAGGUGGUCUAUUGCGCAAACCUUUCGAAUUCUUUGCAGCCGCGAAGGCAAAGUACAACAGAGGAAGUAGAAACAGGGCUGGGUCGACGAAUGCUGCGACAGGAGACGCGGAACGCACAUUCCUGUCAAAGGAUGCCAUCUCGCCUGACGACACCCUUGAAUCCGUCCCUAUCGUUCCAACGCUGCUCCACUCUAGCCCUUCUCGAGGAAAGGUCAUGCCCAAUUUUCACGGUUUCAAGGUCGAGAGCGAGACUCUCGUCGAUGGCUAUCAGUCCCCUAUCAUCAAGGCGUCACCGAUGUCUUCCGACACGCUUUGCGAGGAGGAGCAGAAGCAACAUCUCUCUUGGCACUCGCCGACGUCAUCUGGAUGCCCCUCUAAGGGGGACGCUACCUUCGUCAUGGAGCAUGUUCACCGCCAUCACCCGCAAGACUUGGACCUCGUUGCCGUUGGAAGCCCUGAAGACGGCGUUGUCUACUACACUUACAACGACGAAACCUCUCCCCGCGAUCUAGAGCAAGCUACCUUCCUUCGAACUACGGCCUUGCAAUCGUCGAACGAGUCGCCAAGCAAAGGUCUUUCGAUCCGAGAGAUUCGCCAGCAGCUGCAGCAACAGUGCGCCAACAACGACAAAGACCUCGAAAAGGCUGUUGAGUCUAGACGCCGGGACUUUGAGCAAGAACUAGCUUAUAUUUCGCCGCCGCCGUGCCUCGAGAACAACGAAAAGCUGCCAAGUCCGCCGUAUCCGAUGAGGCCAUCCACGUCGUCGCCUUCGAUCGAAAAGGCCCACGAAGAAAGCCCCAAAUUUGAGAUCUCGCCGGGCAAGUUCCAGCGAAAGCCAAAGACGUCGCCCACUUCCUCUUCCCCCUCCUCGGCCUCAUCGUCGCCAAGCAAGAAGCCAACGACGCCUGGCGCACAAGGUUCGCUCUUUUACAAGCACACCGAGUCGUGGCAGCGACAGGCCGAUGAAGUUCAGCAACCCCCGCGGAGCCAGAGCAACACGACCAUCGACGCUCCUCGCUACAGCUGCACUUCCUCUCUUGCCUCGAGGCCAACAUCUUCGUCAUCCGCUCCAAGCAAGGUUAGCGCUACUUCCCCACUCCUCACUUCGAAGGAAACGACCAGGAAGCAGUAUACUAAGGGCACCGACGAGAAGGGCCCGCAAAGCUCGUGAUCAGCGGUGCGCCUUCCAUUCAUCACAACGGUCAACAUACCGCUCGUCCCUACUGUCUUUGACCCGGUUAAUAAUUGUCUUAUUUGUCCCUUUGAUCUCAUCACUCCAUGGCAAGCGUCAACUUUGCCAUGAUUAGCUUGCCAUGGUUAGCUUCGGUCUGGGUAAU